AUGAGUGUGGCCUCAGCGUGUGAAGUAGCACAGGGAGUGGUCAAGGAUCACAACCUACCACAUGCUGCAAUAGAAGCCUUUGGAUCACUUGGGGGACAUGGCAAGAGCCCUCAAAAUUCAGAACGGGACCUUCAUCGCUGGCUACGUUCAAUUUAUGGUUUUGAGCUGCAACCAUAUGUCUUACAUCUUGGCCUACAAAUUGAUUCUGUAAAAGUUCGGAAGGUUCCAGUUCGGGUGCUGGCCCCUCAUGAGAUUCUUCAUUCCAUUGCAGUCAUGCAUGCAGAUUCUGCUUUUGAUUCACUGAUGCUUGGUAAUCUGGAAGAUGGUGACCGACGUCGCUUUUGGAGACAUGUGCAAUCAUUACCUCCAUGGAAAACGCAUCCCAUAUUCCAACAACCAGUGGACUUGAGCCGGAUCAUUGGGCUAACCAUUCACGGAGAUGGAGCAGUCAUGAAGCGGGAUGAUGAAUCAUUUGUGUGGAGUAUCAGCUCCUGUUUCUCCUUGGAGGGAAUUGUAAAGGACCCUCUUCUUUUGAAAUUCCCAGUGGCAAUGAUCCCAGAAAGGUACAUGCUUAGCCAUGAUGUUCAGCGAGAUGUGAACCGAGAGAUAGCCAAGUUCAUGGCUUGGUCUCUGGGCUGGUCCAGUGCAGGAAUUGGACCUGCCACUGGAUACAAUGGGGAAAGCUUUCCUCCUGAAAGUGCCAGGGGGAAGAUGGCCGGCAAAACCUUGGCCAUGGGUUGGCGGGGAUGUUUCUUUGCCAUCAAGGCGGACUUGAAAGCACGGCGCUACCUUCAUGAGUUCAGUCGAUACUAUCGAUGCUCGUUGUUGUGUGAUACAUGCUUGGCUUCUGUCGCCAAAGGGGUCAAUCCCUUAAUGAGUGGAAGGAAUUUCUCACAUGGGGCAGCUUGGCGGCUCACCCGCCUCAAUCAUGAAGGUUACAUGGACAAGGAGCCUGUCACAGUCUCCCCAUACACGUGCAUCCCUGGCUUCCGGGUUGAAUGUGUGGUGUACGACUGGAUGCACAACAUUUUUCUCGGAUGUGGAAGAGACCUUUUUGCAUCAGGUUUGAAACUCAUGAUAUCCAAGGGAAUUUGGAAUCACCUUGGUGACGACUGGGAUUCUGUUCUAGCUGGUGUACAUGCGGAAAUCCACACAACAUGUGCUGCAUACGGGCUAUACCUUCCACGGAAACCAGUGCUGACAAUGGCUGGUUUGGGCGGUGAUGAGUAUUCAGAGCUAUCUACGAGGUACAAAGCUUCCCAUGUCCGAAUGAUGCUUUUUUGGUUGGCCAAGAAAACCCAAGAGGUUGCUGAUGUAAUGGUUGAUGAUGUUCAAAUACAAGUGCUAGCCUCUUGUUGCUAUGGCUUGCAAAGAGCGACGGAAAUCCAAACUCAUGCAGGGCUUGUCCUAGGCUGUGCAGAAGCUGAAGAAGCUUCCAAGUCUGUGUUUACUUUCGUUGCCUGUUUCGCUUGGCUAGCUUUAAGCUGCGCUGGCAACAGUCUCCUUUUGUUCAAGUGUAGACCAAAACUGCACUACAUGAUGCAUACUGCUGAAGACCUCAAGACUUUGAGGUUGAACCAGCUGAAACUGUUUUCGACUUUUACUGAAGAAUCUUUUUUGGGGCGAUUGAAGAGCAUUGCGACCCAAGUUCAUGGGAAGACCUUGGCACUCCGGGUGUUCCAAAGAUACAUCCUAACUUUGGCUGUAUCCCUCUAUCGGUUCAAAGAACGGAUGGUGGACAACUAA